GUUGAACUAUAUUUGCUUGAAUGUUUGUAGAAAAUAUUGUCUACUAUCCAAGUGAACUGAAACAAUGGGUCAAGCAGAAAGCCACAAUGACGAGAUGGAUUUGGAGCAAAUUCAGGAGCUGUGUAUGACUUUUAUGAAGGAGUGCCCGAGCGGGACUUUGCACCUGCAUGAAUUAAAACGCAUCUUUGGCGUACCGGCCAGUUGUGAGGAAGAGACUUUGUACAUUGAGACGGUCUUCCAUUCAUUCGACACAAACAGGGAUAACGCGUUGGAUUUUAUGGAGUAUACGGCCGCUCUUCACCUGAUAUUGCGCGGGAAUCUUGAGGAUAGGUUAAAGUGGUCCUUUAAAAUCUACGACAAGGAUGGGAAUGGCAAGUUAGACCGACAAGAGGUGAAAAACCUGAUUCAGAUCAUUUACAAAAUCAAGCUUCAUACAACUGCCAUAAACAUGACACCUAAUGAAGUCUGUGACAGGAUCUUUGAGCUGGUUGACAAAAAUCAUGAUGGCCAGAUUUCCUUUACUGAGUUUAUGGAGGGUGCCCAGAAGGACGAAUGGGUCAUGAAUAUGCUCAAGCUGGACGUCAACGCUAGUGGCUGGGUCAUGCAGAACUGUGUAAAAAUGACCUGAGCCCUCCAAACUAGGUCUCCCAUCUACACAGAGAGGGGUUGUGUCUCGCAAAUGACAUCUGAGUUUUGUCUUUUUCGCACGAGAAACCUGAUGCCUUGGGCCUUAUGGUCUGGCUCUGCCUCCAUGUUUGCUGCUUGCGAUGGUUCAGACAUAUGCAUGGAGCACUCUUCUCUGUAUCACUUUUCCUCCGGUCAUUGUUCUUUUAACAUGCUGUCCAUGCACUUUGAUGCAUGUCGGAACAACAGGCGUUCUCUUUUUGAGAGCUGACCAGCUGACAGGAUGGAGUCUCAUUCAGCAGGUGACUGUCAUAGCUCACUGGAACUCGAGUUCAAAGCUCAUAUUGUGUGAUAUGAUAUUACAA